AUGGGGUGUUGGUGGCAGCUCCUGCUGGGGCUGUGGGCAGUCCCACCCACGUGGGCUGGGCGCGAGCUGCUCAACGUCUGCAUGAACGCCAAGCCCCACAAGCCAGAGCCCAGCCCAGAGGCCAAGCUCUACGAGGAGUGCAUCCCCUGGAAGGACAGUGCCUGCUGCACGGCCAACACGAGCUGGCAAGCCCACCUGGAUGUGUCCCUGCUCUACAACUUCAGCUUGGUUCACUGUGGAUUAAUGAUGCCAGACUGUGAGAAGCACUUCCUGCAGGCCAUCUGCUUCUACGAGUGCUCCCCCAACCUGGGGCCUUGGAUCCAGCGGGUGGGAAGAAGUGGGCGGGGGUGGCUGGACCCGCGUGGGCAGGCGGAGCGGAUUCUGGACGCGCCCCUGUGCCGGGAGGACUGUGAACAGUGGUGGGCUGACUGCCGCACAUCCUACACCUGCAAAUCCAACUGGCACGGCGGCUGGACCUGGAGUCGGGGGAAGCCCCGCUGCCCUGCCAGGGCCCUCUGCCACCCUUUCCUGCAUUACUUCCCCACCCCGGCUGACCUAUGUGAGAAGAUCUGGAGCAACUCCUUCAAGGCAAGCCCGGAGCAUAGGACCAGCGGGCGGUGUCUGCAGAAGUGGUUCAAGCCUGCCGGGGGCAACCCCAAUGUGGCCGUGGCCCGCCUCUUCGCCAGCCCUGCCCCGUCCUGGGGGCUCUCUGACACGCUCCUGGCUUUCUCUCUGUUCCUGCUGCUUCUUUCCUGA